GCUAUAAAUGUGCUUGUACAUUUCUUUGUGUGCCUUAACAGUUUGUUUUGUGUUAUUAGGUGUUUGCUGUAGAGAUUAUGGUGUCAGUUUGCCAGUGAAGAUUAAAGCUCUCAGUGGAUCCUGUGUGAUCAUAAACUGUACAUUUGUGAUUGCGGAAAUGCAUGACAAAGAGCUCACUGAGACUGAUGCUACAGGAUUUUGGCUCAAAGAUGGACAUGAUGUGAAUAACCAUCAAGUGUUUAACUCUAGAGAUACCAACCCUCACUUUAAAGGGAAAAUAAUUUGAAAACUACACAAGAAGAACUGCACCACUAUCCUUUAUGAUGUUAGUUCAAAUCAUAAUGGUAAAUAUUACUUUAGGAUUGAGAGUGGCGAUCUGAAAUACACCUACAGAGAAAACACCUCCACUGUAACUGUCAUCGAGUCUCCCUCCAAACCCACAGUGAAGCUGUAUAAGGAUCAGGAUCAGGAGGAGGUGUUGGAGGGGAGCUCUGUGAGUCUGCGCUGCUCUGCUGAGACUCUCUGCUCCUCUCCUCCACCAACUCUCACAUGGAGCUUCACUCCCAGAAUCCCCCUCAGUGAGAGCGGCGGACAACAGGAGCUCCUCGUCUCUGAUCUGAACUUCACUGCUACUCACCGUCACCACAGAGUCACUUUCACCUGCACUAUAACCUACCAGCUACAGGACAAGAACAAAACAGCACAGGACAACAUCACACUACAUGUUCAGUAUUCCCCUAAAAACACAUCAGUUUCUGUGCUUCCGUCUGGCUCGGUGUUGGAAGGCAGUUCUGUGACUCUGACCUGCAGUAGUGAUGCAAAUCCAGCAUUGCUGAACUACACCUGGUCCAGACAGAGUGGAAGAGAGUUGAAGCAGCUGCAGACUGGAUACACUCUCACCUUCAACAGGACCGACCUGACACAGAGAGGCUGGUACCACUGUAAAGCUCAGAACAAACACGGCUACCAAGAGUCAUCAGUGAUGCUGGACAUUCAGUAUGCUCCUCAAAUCUCCACUUCCUCGAGCUGUGACAGUGUAACUGUGUGUUUCUGUGAGGGUGAUGGGAAUCCCUCUCCUGAACUGGAGUGGUAUCUGUCUGGACGUCCUGUCAGUAACUCUUCAAACACGUUCAUCAGUGAAGAGCGAUUGAACAGCACAGGCUUGAGGAGCUCCAUCACUCUACAUCAGUCACUCUCACACUCAUACACUCUGCAGUGUGUCGGCAGCAACACUCAUGGCACUGCAAGAAAUUUUUUUCAACUGAAUCUCUUCUCUCAAGAGGCUUCAAUGUUUAACGUUUACGCCGUCCUGGUUGGAUUCGUACCUGGGGCUACAUUUAUGGCCAUCUUAUGGGUCACUACACUGCUGUACAAAUGGAUCUGCAGGACUCAAAGGGGAGAUAAACCUGGACUCAUUCAGACUGAUGUGGCCGAUACAGUGGACAGUGUUGAAGAGCCUUUUUAUGUCAAUAAAAUUGAGUUAUCAGCUGAAGCCCCCACAAUAAAUCAUCCAGAAACUCUACAUUAUUCCACCAUUAACUUUAACAACACCGAACCAGAGUCAAAAGUCAUUAAAGGCAUCUCUUCGCUUACUGUCGACUAUGCUGUGGUCCAAUAUUGCGGUCGAAACGUAGCAGAUAGCGAGGCAAAGAUCAGAGAAGUGCCCUCAACGCCACAUGCAGAUACCAUUUACCAAGUUCCUCACAAAGUAAGAAGGAUUGCAGAUAUGGACAUAAAGCAAGGUGAAUCUAUCUAA